AUGAAUGAGGAUAGUAAGAAGACGGAUACAAGGUACAAAAAAUAUAAACGUAGAUAUAAGAAGAAAGAUAACGGAUUAAAUAGGAUAGAUAAUAAAAGUGUAGUAAUUAAUUUAUCAAAAAAAGACUUAACCAAGAAACAGAUAAAUCUACUUUCAAAAGGUGAGACUUUUGUCCCAAAUAACAGAAAACCAGAUGUACCAAAUAUCAUGUGUGAAUUAAAAGAAUGGAAAAGGAGAAUGAGGUUACGAGAGUUUUUUUACGAUUCACAAAGAGAAAAUAAUGAUAAUGAAGUAAGUGAGGAAUGGUGUGAUAAGAAAAAAAGUAACAGUUGUUUCACUCCUAAUAGUGGAAGAGAUAAAUGUUUGGAUGCUUACAUAGAUGCAGUAAAAGAAGAAAUCUUAAAAGGUAUGAAGAAAAAAGAAGUGCAUAAUAUCUCUAGAUUAGAAGAAAUUGCGAUGAAAGACCUCCUUGAAGAUGGAACUAUUGUUAUUAGACCUGCAGAUAAAGGAUCAGGGAUAGUGAUACUAGACUCUGAUAAAUACAAUGAAGAUAUUGAAAAUGAAUUAAAGGAUGCAAGUACAUAUAAACAUGUAAGUGAAGACCCAACAGCAAUGAUUUUAAAGACAACAAAGAAACUCAUAAAUAGAAUGGAUAAAGAUAGAACUCUCCCUAAAAGACUUUCACAGUAUUUAAUUCCCGACAGCCCAAGACCAGGACAAAUAAAGGGAAAUCCCAAAAUACAUAAACCAGACAACCCCCUCCGACUAAUCAUAAGUGGUAUUGGAACAGUGACAGAACAAGUGGCAGAACUAGCUGAGAAAGAAUUAGAUGAAUUUGUAAUUAAUACGCCUAGUUAUAUAAAAGACACCUCCCACUUCCUUAAUGAAAUUAAAGACAUAAAAAAUCUACCAAACAAAAAUGCAAUACUAUUUUGCUUUGAUGUGGAGAAACUAUAUCCAUCAAUACCAAAGAAUGACGGGCUAGAAGCAUGCAAAGAAGCUUUAGCAUACCGCAAGUCAAAACAAAUUCCUGAUGAAGAGAUUCUGAAUAUGAUACAGCUAGUUCUUGAAAACAACAACUUUGAGCAUAAUGGAAAACAUUACAUACAGGUUGAUGGAACGGCUAUCGGAUCAAAGCUUGGGAAAAAUUAUGCUUGUACAUACAUGCGAAUUUGGGAUAGAAAGUUGUCAGAAUUUAGGUUACAACCACUUAUAUACAAAAGAUUCAUAGAUGAUGGCUUUGGUAUCUGGACACAUGGAAUAGAGACUUUACAGCAAUUUACAGAAUAUGCAAAUAACAUCCAUUCAAAAAUAAACAUAAAGUUACGACACAGCCAUAAACAAAUCGAGUUUUUGGAUACGUUGGUAAUUUUAGAAAAUGGGAACAUUGAAACUGACUUUUAUAGCAAAGAAACAGACACGCACAUUUAUCUACACAAAGAUUCAGACCACCCCAGAAAUACAAAGCAAGCUAUACCUCAUGGCCUUGGAAUCCGCUUGAAAAGAAUAUGCAGUGACGAUAACAAAUAUUAUAAACAAAGAUCACUCCUCGGAGAACAGCUUAAAAGUAGAGGUUACAAGACAGAGUGGAUAAACAGACAUCUCAAAAGGGCAGACCAAACAUCCAGAAAAGAAGCAUUAGAAAAGAAAAAUAAACCAAUGGACCAAGGGAGAAUCCCAUUAGUGCUUACAUAUUCAAGCUACCUGCCAGAUACACACAAAAUUGUGAAGAAAAAUAUGAGUAUUCUGCAAAAAUCUAAAAGGAUGACAGAUGUAUUUAGGUCACCACCAAUUGUAGCAUACAAAAGAUCAAAAAACUUUAGAGACAUUUUAAUUCAUGGAAAACUAAAAAAAAAAGAAAGGCAUAAUACAGAGCAGCCGUUGUAG